AUGAUCAUUCUUGACGAGGACUUGGAUUCUGGACAGACAAAGACAGAUUCCGACAACUAUCCAGGCUUGACCCUCCGCCAUCCCCAAGCGGUGCACGCGCGGUCGUCUACGUCUACUCUCCCCGACUAUGAUACCUCGGAAGCCCAGCAUCGCAAGGUCAUCACGCGGUCGACACUGUCAUUGGGAAAUUUCAGCGCGCGAGUGUGGAAGAUAGUUAUCGGAGUUCUGCUGGGUUACACCGUUUUGUCGCUUGCUAUUGGCCUUCCGAUCAUCCUUCUGAAGGGAAGGGAUAGGGAUGAUUCGUUCAGCCUUGCACCGACAAGCUCACUCUGGGUCUCAGAAGACGUCGUGCUACCUGGUCCCCUUCAACUCGCGACGACUGGGAUACCAACUACCACCAACAAUAUGACAUGCAACAUUUGGGAUACACAUCCUGACAUCGAAAAUACUCAAUUCGCUCGUUUUCAACUCCCUCCGCAAGGGUUAAUUACCAUUCGUUCGAACGUGACUUACGAGAAGGUCGCCGCGGAUAACAUCAAUGGGACGCUGUGGGUUUACAUGAACCAAGAUAAGAAGGAGAAGGAUAUUAUCUUCAAUGUGUCGAUGAAGUCAUCGAGUAACAAUGUUCGACUGCAGACAAACGUAUGCUUCAGCGAACAAGGAUCGAGCAGGGGGCUAACGAUUUACGUCCCUGACACCCUUGGCGUUGGCGAUCUCCUCACCUUCAACGUCCUCGCAUUAUUACCCCAGCGUAAAGCAUCUAUCGAUCAAUUCCUUGUUUAUCUCCCUCUCUUGGAGCACAGAAUUGGCUAUGUCCAGAAGCAAAUUGAAGUUACCCAGUUCACGCUGGAAGGUGCUGCUCGCCCUAUGUCUUGCGAGUUCUUGCAGGCAUGUCAAAUCACGUUCAAGAAUAUCAUGGGAUCGAUCACAGGAUCUUUCAAUGUUUCUAACUCACUAACAUUAGAUACUAUCAAAGCAUCCAUCCACUCUAACAUCACUCUUACACAAGGCCGAUUGAGCCCGAAACCCGUCAUUCUCAGUAUGGACACAGGAGAUGGCGACAUCGAUGCUUCGAUAGUCCUUGAGGCCCUUUCACCCAUACCCAGGUGGCAGAACUCUCCCGCAUUUGUGGCCUAUGUGAAGACAUUCAACCAACCCCUCCACCUGAAUGUCUCAUACGCCAAUUCUUCCUGCUCCGCCCCAGUGCAACUGCAAGUGCAAAACAACAUGUGCAGAACCACUGUCGCUUUAGACGAGACCUUCCAAGGUUCCUUUUCAGCCCAAUCCAAGUUGUCGCAAACGAACGUACAGGACACCGUCUCAGAACGUGCAGUUUCUCCGUUUGGAGGAUCGCGGACUAUCGUAUAUGAUCAGAAGACCAUUAACAGAGCGACAGGAUGGGUGGGAUGGGGUCAGCGGCCCUUGAGCCACCAACUUCUGGUUAGAAGUUAUGUGGAGAUCCUGUCUGCACUAAGUCCCGUGAACUUGACUUUCGGCGGGCCUACUUGA